UAUGGGGCGGACCUUUGGUUAGCUCUGAGAGUGUGAAACCGCGUGUGAAAGUAACCAGUGGAGGAGAAUAGAGUAGAGUGCGCUGUUGUUAUUGCUAUUAUAGAGAUUAUUAUUAUCAUCAAUACUACUGCUUUUUUCAUUACAUAAUUCUUUUUCCCCGCAGCAGGAUAUUUUGGUCACGUUUCAUCGGGUACUUUUGGUGGUGUGCGGUGUAUACUGAUCAGAUAUAACCUCGAGCUAAUCGUUAAUUGGGGCCACUGUCUCAAUUAACUUUUGACAAUUCAUUCGAGAAUAUUUUUGGAGUUUUUCCUUUUAAUUUUUAAACUUUGAUCGAUCGCCUGCGUGUGCAUGUUCUGCUCGCUUUUUUUUCUGGGUCGGUGUGGUGGAUCAUACUGCUCCGAGGAGGAAGAGCGAGGACCGCUCCUUCCUUGCUUCUCUCUGGCUUCCUGUCCUGUGUGAAUGUCAGGAUCCUGUCCGGUGACUCGUCGUUCCUCUGCCCUCGCUGCUGGAGUACCGAGAGGAGCCCGGAGAAGAAGAGUGGGUGGAUUUCAGUGCGUUCGGCGGGGGAGACUCUGAGUCUGAGCACUCGGGAGGACGGGGGGGCGGCCGCUCUGUGUGGGUUCCUCCACGACGACGGCCCCUUUUCUUCGGGGACACUAGUCCACCAUGAGCGUACCCUAAUCUCCGGUUGCCCGCUCACUGAUUCCGCUUUCGUCCAAGCAAGCGGCGCGCUUGAAACGCGCUUGAAGAGCCGAGCCGUACCGUGCCGACUCCCGCAGGGCUCAAGGAUGUUCCCUCAGAGCAGGCACCCGACGCCGCACCAGGCCCCCGGGCAGCCCUUCAAGUUCACCAUCCCCGAGUCUCUGGACCGGAUCAAGGAGGAGUUCCAGUUCCUCCAGGCCCAGUACCACAGCCUGAAGCUGGAGUGCGAGAAGCUGGCUAGCGAGAAGACGGAGAUGCAGAGACACUACGUCAUGUACUACGAAAUGUCUUACGGGCUGAACAUCGAAAUGCACAAACAGACCGAGAUCGCUAAGCGACUGAACACAAUCUGUGCACAAGUCAUCCCUUUCCUGUCACAGGAGCACCAACAGCAGGUGGCUCAGGCAGUGGAGAGAGCCAAGCAGGUGACCAUGGCUGAGCUCAAUGCCAUCAUCGGGGUACGUGGACUUCCUGGUCUUCCUCCUACACAGCAGCACCUGUCGCAUGGACACGGCCCCCCGGUGCCCCUCACGCCGCAUCCCGCCGGACUGCACCCCGCCGGCCUGCCUCACUUGGGGGGCAGCGCCAGCCUCCUCGCUCUGUCCAGCGCCCUCGGGGCCCCGCCUCACCUGCCUGUUAAGGAAGACAAGAAGAACAAUCAUGAGUCGGACCACCACAGAGAGCGAGAGCCAAGCACGAGUAACUCCAUGUUGGUCCCGGAGAGCCUGCGGGGUUCUGAUAAACGGAGAAAUGGGCCAGAAUUCUCUGACUCCAAGAAGCGAAAAGUAGACGACAAGGACUCCAGUCAUUAUGACAGUGAUGGAGAGAAGAGUGAUGACAACCUGGUUGUGGAUGUCUCCAAUGAGGACCCUGCCUCUCCCCGGGGCACACCUGUCCCCUCACCCAGGGAGAAUGGCCUUGACAAGACACGCCUGCUGAAGAAGGAUGCCUCAAGCAGUCCUGCAUCCACAGCCUCAUCUGCCAGCUCCUCCUCCCUCAAGUCCAAAGAGAUGAGCCUACACGAUAAGGCCAGCACACCAGUGCUCAAGUCCAACACGCCCACUCCACGAGGGGAUGCCACACCAGGGACGAGCACCACACCUGGGUUGCGGCCCGGCCUCUCGAAGCCACCUUCCCUGGAGCUCCCCCAUCCACCAACGGCAGGCCUCCGGACCCCACUGGCGGUACCAGGACCAUACCCUGGCCCAUUUGGGAUGGUGCCACCACAUGCAGCCAUGAACGGGGACCUGAGCAGCCCAGGAGCCCCCUAUGCUGGCCUCCACAAUAUCUCCCCUCAGAUGAGUGCGGCAGCGGCGGCCGCAGCAGCGGUAGCAGCCUAUGGACGAUCCCCCAUGGUUGGCUUCGACCCACAUCCGCACAUGCGAGUACCUGGGAUUCCUCCCAAUCUGCCCGGGAUCCCAGGAGGAAAGCCGGCCUACUCCUUCCACGUGAGCGCUGACGGGCAGAUGCAGCCCGUCCCCUUCCCUCCAGAUGCUCUCAUUGGCCCCGGGAUCCCACGCCACGCCCGCCAGAUCAACACACUGAGCCACGGGGAGGUGGUGUGCGCUGUCACCAUCAGCAACCCUACCCGCCAUGUCUACACAGGGGGCAAGGGCUGCGUCAAAGUCUGGGACAUCAGUCACCCCGGCAACAAGAGCCCUGUCUCCCAGCUGGACUGCCUGAACAGAGACAACUACAUCCGGUCAUGUAAGCUGUUGCCUGAUGGCCGCACGCUGAUAGUGGGCGGAGAGGCCAGCACGCUGUCCAUCUGGGACCUGGCUGCCCCAACCCCACGCAUCAAGGCGGAGCUCACCUCCUCAGCCCCUGCCUGCUAUGCCUUGGCCAUCAGCCCUGACUCAAAGGUGUGCUUCUCCUGCUGCAGUGACGGCAACAUCGCCGUGUGGGAUCUUCACAACCAGACGCUGGUCAGGCAGUUCCAGGGCCACACGGAUGGAGCCAGCUGUAUUGAUAUUUCCAAUGAUGGUACCAAGCUGUGGACAGGAGGCCUGGACAACACUGUGAGGUCCUGGGAUCUUAGAGAGGGCCGACAGCUUCAGCAGCAUGACUUCACGUCACAGAUCUUCUCGCUGGGGUACUGUCCUACGGGUGAGUGGCUGGCUGUAGGGAUGGAGAGCAGCAAUGUUGAGGUCCUACAUGUGAACAAGCCAGACAAAUAUCAGCUGCACCUUCACGAGAGCUGUGUGCUCUCCCUUCAGUUUGCCUACUGCGGUAAAUGGUUUGUCAGCACAGGGAAGGACAACCUACUUAAUGCCUGGAGAACACCAUAUGGAGCCAGUAUAUUCCAGUCCAAGGAGUCAUCCUCUGUGCUGAGCUGUGAUAUCUCUGUGGAUGAUAAAUACAUUGUCACAGGCUCUGGGGACAAGAAGGCCACAGUCUACGAAGUUAUCUACUGAAAACCAAAGUCAUCCCGUAUUUUUUGUACACACACAUAAACGGAACUGAAUGCAGUCGACUCAAAAGUUCCCAGGCCUGCUGUAAGUUCUGGGAAGACGUGCUCAGCCAUGGAGCCUGUAACAAUCUUGGAUCCAUCUAGUCCAGAGAAACAGCGACUUGCCAAGAGAGCCCUGUGAAUGGAUAUACGGAGAGAAGCUUCAGCAAAGCGCUCAAACCACCACUUGUCCGUGGCUCGUCGUAACCUUCUAGAGGAAAAGAUUUCACCUCAAACUGUUGUACUGCCAGACUCUCCAGCCUGGGCCUUUGUGAACCUCUUCCCUUUAGUGACGCCUUCUGUCCUCACCCUUUUGACUUCUGGUGAUAUUUUUGAUGGUCAAGCUUAUGUACAAAUUGUAUAUAUUUGAUUUUACAGUAAAUGCUUUAGUAUCAACAGGAAUGUUUUCAUAUGUCUCUAAAAUAACAUAGCAAGGUUAACUCUUGGUCUAAAUGCUAUCUAAUAUAAUUUGAUGGAUAUGUCUUCAUAAAUUUUUUUUAACAAAGUGUUUCAUUUUCAAAUAUUUUGAAUAUGUUUUCAGAGGUGUGGUGAUGUGCUUAAGAUGCAGGAGGGUGACCUGAAGCAGCUUUUCUUUGCAAUGGACACUAAAGAGGCUCUGCAACAUGAGCCCAGCAACUCUGAGGUGCACUGAGCCAUUGUGCCAUUGUGGCUUCAUGGGUUAGUCCCUCCAUGUUUUGUAACACAGCCACAGAAAUAGGUGACAAGCAGUGGGUUUUGUACGCUCUCAAGAACAUUGUCUCAGAAUGUAAUGUAAUAAAAUAAAACUGCAAAAUUUCACCUCCUGUCACAUUUUCUUAGUUAUGAAAGUUCUAGUUGAAAUGCAGUGCUUUCCAUGAAAUACCCUGUAACUGUACAGUAAAAUGACUCAAUUAUG